UCAGUGUGCUUGGCGAGGCCGUUUGCUCCGGCAUAAUUCGAGUUUAAUUUGUCAUGCGUUGGUUUGCGUCGGCCAUGCGUUGGUUUAAGUAUUUUUUCAGUUUAUUACGCCAGCCGGAGAUCGAUGAAACCGACACAAUGAAGUUCCUGGGCUUCGAGGUGUGCGGCGUGAUCGGUUCUGGGGGUUUCGGCGUCGUUAAACUGGCCAAGUCAAAAAAGCAUAAAUCAUACGUGGCUAUUAAAACGAUGGACUGCAGGUGGGUGGCUUUGAGGUCCCAAUAUUCAGUUCUGGAGGUGGAAAUCGACAUCAUCAGCAAAAUAAGGCAUCCACACAUCGUGCACGUUUAUGAAGUGAUUAGGGUGUGGGACAAAGAGGUGUACAUCGUAAUGGAAGCAGCCCAGUCAUCUCUGGGGGAGGUACUAAAAACCGGGCCUAUCCCCAGUCACACAGCUAGACGGUGGUUCUCUCAGCUCGUCAGUGCGUUGGACUACAUGCACGAGCAGGACAUUGUCCACCAUGAUCUGAAGUGUGACAACAUCCUCGUGACCGAAGAUUGCAAUGUCAAAAUAACUGACUUUGGAUUGAGUUGCGUUACAAAAGGCUACCCUGAGCUGUGCAACACGUUUUGUGGCACCUUGGGGUACAUUUCACCUGAGGUGCAUAACAGAGAGGCAUAUGACGGCAAGAAAAGUGACGUUUGGAGCCUGGGGAUAGUGCUGUACGUCAUGGUCACCGGGAAGCUUCCCAGCUGUUCACGCAAGAAGAAAGAGCUUGCAAAUCUGUUUCCAGAUUACGUCGAAGAGUCCUGCCGUGCUUUAAUACUGGAUAUGCUGCAGUUAGAUCCGAGUGCUCGGCCUACGGUGAGGAAGCUGUCAAAGCACCCUUGGCUGCAGUCUGACGUGCAGGACACGCCCACUUCUGAAGAUGACAGCCCUGAAACGUUCACAUCUGAAGAUAAAUGGUCUGAAACGUUCACAUCUGAAGAUAAAUGGUCUGAAACGUUCACAUCUGAAGAUGAAGGGUCUGUAACGUUCACAUCUGAAGAUAAAGGGUCUGAAACGUUCACAUCUGAAGAUAAAUGGUCUGAAACGUUCACAUCUGAAGAUGAAGGGUCUGUAACGUUCACAUCUGAAGAUAAAGGGUCUGAAACGUUCACAUCUGAAGAUGAAGGGUCUGUAACGUUCACAUCUGAAGAUAAAGGGUCUGAAACGUUCACAUCUGAAGAUGAAGGGUCUGUAACGUUCACAUCUGAAGAUGACAGCCCUGAGGAGGAGCACGGGUUUGGCUGCUUAGGCCGCAUUCUGCCAUUUCAGGCUGUACUUAAAAGGGUAGCAGGUGCUUGUGCUAAAGCCUUCCGGGUAUUCCGACAGAGGGUAAAGAGGCUUUUCCGCAAAUAAAAUAAAGCAAACAAAAAAAGACAAUUUAUAAAUAACAUUAAAGAAAUGCAGCUAACCAAAAAAGGACAAAUAAAAUUGAGCAAACCAAAAAAGACCAUUUAAAUUACAUGCAAUACAAGAAAUGCAGCAAAACAAAAAAUAAAUAAAUAAAUUAAAUUACAUUAAAGUAAUGCAGAGCAGUCCCGACCCGCCUCAUAAACUGGCUGUUUUCGGGCUGUUUGAAUGAGCGAAAUCUGUUCAGAGUUAUGUUAAUUAACAUUGCAACUCUGAAGAAGCAUAGACCUAUUAUUUAAGAAAAAUGUUUAAG